GCCGGGGUGGCUGGAGGGUUGCAAGCGCCGGGGACCGGACCAUGGCGACGCGGACUGUCCCUCUGCAGCGGGGGACCGGCGAGACCCGGAUGGCCCUGGUAACGGUCCCCGCGCUGCUCCUGCUGCUGCCGGGCGUGGUGGGUUCAUCAUGUUGUUACCUUGCAAAGAGUAACUUAAUGUGUCGUGAUGUUUGUGAACAGAUUUUGGCAUCUAAGAGUGAUUCUCAUUUGAAACACCUAUUGCAACGUGCACCUGAAUAUUGUCCAGAAUCAAUGGGAGAGGUUUGGGCUUGCAUAAAUUCUUCUUUGCCAGGUGUUUUGAAGAAAUCUGAUGGCUGGGUUGGCUUAGGUUGCUGUGAGUUAGCCAUUGUUGUAGAAUGUCGACAAGCAUGUAAACAGGCAUCUUCGAAAAAUGAUAUUUUGAAAAUUUGCAGGAAAGAAUAUGAGGUGGUUGACCAAUAUAUGUUGGAGAACGGAGAGGACAGCAGGGGGAGAAAUGUACUUUUUAGUUGCAUUAACAGAAAUGAAAUGGGAUCAGUUUGUUGCAGUUACGCAGGCCAUCACACAAACUGCCGAGAAUAUUGCCAAGCAAUCUUUCGAACAGACUCUUCUCCAGGUCCUUCCCAAAUAAAAGCUGUUGAAAGUUACUGUGCCUCAGUUAGUCCUCAGUUAAUUCAUUGUGUGAACAACUACACACAGUCCUAUCCUAUGAGAAACUCAACAGAUAGUUUAUACUGCUGUGAUAGAGCAGAAGCGUAUGCCUGCCAAACUGCUUGUAAAAGAAUUCUGAUGUCAAUGAAAACUGAACAUGAAAUUGUGGAUGGACUUAUUGAAAGCUGUAAAACAAAGCCUCUGCCACAAGACCCUCUCUGGCAAUGCUUUCUGGAGGGCUCAAGAUCUGUUCACCCUGGGGUCACUGUACACCCUCCACCUUCGACAGGCCUGGAUGGUGCUAAAUUGCAUUGCUGUUCCAAAGCAAAUACUUCCACUUGUAGAGAAUUAUGCACUAAACUUUAUAGCAGCAGCUGGGGCAAUACGCAGAGCUGGCAAGAAUUUGAUCGUAUUUGUGAGUACAGUGCAGUCGAGGUUUCCAUGUUGACCUGUUUAGCAGAUGUACGUGAACCUUGUCAGCUGGGCUGUAGAAAUCUUUCUUACUGCACUAAUUUUAAUAACAGGCCAACUGAACUCUUCAGAAGCUGCAAUGCUCAAUCCGACCAAGGAGCCAUGAAUGAUAUGAAACUUUGGGAGAAAGGCAGCAUUAAGAUGCCAUUCAUAAAUAUUCCUGUCCUUGAUAUUAAAAAAUGCCAACCAGAAAUGUGGAAGGCGAUUGCUUGUUCACUGCAGAUUAAGCCUUGUCACAGUAAAUCUAGAGGAAGUAUUAUUUGCAAGUCAGAUUGUGUGAAAAUUCUCAAGAAAUGUGGAGAUGUAAGCAAAUUUCCUGAUGGACAUAUGGCUGAAACUAUUUGUGACCUUUUAUCUCCAACAGAUGACUUGGAGACUUGCAUACCCUUAGAUACAUAUAUUCGUCCAAGUAAUUUAGGUAAUAUUGUGGAGGAUGUGACACACCCCUGUAACCCAAACCCUUGUGCUGGCAAUCAGUUGUGCGAAGUAAACAGAAAGGGAUGCCAGCCCGGGGGACCCUGCCUUCCUUAUUUCUGUGUGCAGGGCUGCAAGUUGGGUGAAGCGUCAGAUUUUAUUGUCCGGCAGGGUACACUCAUCCAGGUUCCAUCCUCUGCCGGAGAUGUUGGUUGCUAUAAGAUUUGCAUGUGUGGCCAGAGUGGACUGUUAGAAAACUGUAUAGAAAUGCAUUGUGUUGACCUCCAAAAGUCAUGUAUUGUUGGAGGACAGAGGAAAAGCCACGGAACAUCUUUUAAAAUAGAUUGCAAUGUCUGUUCUUGUUUUGCUGGGAAUUUGAUAUGCUCCACUCGUCAGUGUCUAAAUGAACACAGCUCAGAUGAUGAGCGUCACAUGUUUACAGGUUUGCCAUGUAACUGUGCUGAUCAGUUUGUCCCAGUGUGUGGGCAGAAUGGACGCACCUAUCCAAGUGCAUGUAUAGCACGCUGUGUUGGACUUCAGGACAAUCAGUUUGAAUUUGGAUACUGCCUAUCCAAGAAUCCUUGCAAUCCUAAUCCCUGCCUAAAAAAUUAUAGAUGUAUACCAAAGCCGCAAGUUUGCUUAACCAGUUUUGAGAAGUUUGGAUGUAACCAGUAUGAAUGUGUGCCCAGACAAUUCAGUUGUGGUGACCAGUUACGAGAUCCUGUUUGUGACACAGACAAUAUAGAAUAUAACAAUCUGUGCACCCUGCACCAAAAAGGCAAAAGUGUAUCGUACAAAGGUCCAUGUCAGUCCUUUUGCAAAUCAGUAGAGCUGGUGUGCGGCCAGAAUGGUGAAACCUACAGCAAUGUGUGUGCUGCCUAUUCUGAUCGUGUGGCUGUAGAUUACCAUGGACCUUGUCAAGCCGUAGGAUCCCUUUCUGACUACAGUUCACAAGGAGAAUGUCUGUCUGUCCAAUGUUCUCUUUCAGCAAUUGGAUAUAAGCCAGUUAUUCCUCCAGGAGCUUGCUGUCCACUGUAUGCUGGAAUGCUAAGAGUCUUAUAUGAUAAAGAAAAGCUGGAUACCUUUGCCAGGAUAACCAACAAAAGGCCAAUAACUGUGCUUGAAAUACUUCAAAAAAUCCGCCUUCAUGUUUCUGUGCCACAGUGUGAUGUAUUUGGAUACUUCAGCAUAGAAUCUGAAAUUGUGAUUCUUAUCAUACCUGUAGAUCAAACCCCCAAGCCUCUUCAGAUUGAAGCCUGCAAUAAAGAAGCAGAAAAGAUAGAAUCGCUGAUCAACUCAGACAGUCCAGCAUUAGCAUCCCAUGUACCACUCUCGGCACUUAUAGCAGCCCAGGUGGAAGUUUCAUUCAAGAUAUCGUCUUCUUGUAAUCAAGGCAUGCCAGCACUGCACAUGCUCUUCUGGAGUCUUAUGCUCACUUUCUCAGCCACAGUAUGUAAUACAUAGUGGCAGUGAAAAGUGUAAUUGCUUGAAUGGGUUUUUGUAUGUGUAUUUGUUUUUUUGUUUUUUUGCGAUGGACAUUCAGAAAUGUUGACGUAUUAGUAAUGUAACAUAUAUAUAUAUACCUGAGAGUAAAUUACAUGGCUAGUGCGAUUGUUUCAUACAAUGCUAGCAACAUUUAUUGCAAUAUUAGCGUAUUAUCUGGCAUAAUCUUAAGGAAAACCUUUUUAAUUUACAAAAAAAAAAAAAAUCAAAGAAUUGGCCAUGCAUAAUUUACCUUGGAAACAGGGGUGGUUUUUUUUAGUUGAAGGGUUAUGAUAGAGCAAACAGUGUGCUGCUUGUGUCCAAAAUUGUCUCCAUCUUUGGUCAGGAAGAUUUUGAAGGUUUUUGUUGUACUUCAAAAACCAGUAAAACCUUUCUGACCAAAUAUAAUAGCAGGGCAAAAGAAACAAGUGUAUCUCUACACAUUGGACACUGGUGGCUCUAACAUACUGCCUUAAAAUCUCUGAAAACAGCAUAUAGUUUAUCUCAGCCUUCAUCUGCAGCCAAGAACAUAGGGAUCAGUGGAAUUUAAGCAGCCUAGCUGCUGACUUCCAGCCGUGUGGCCUGACCCUGUGCAUGGUGACUUGGAAGUAAGCUCUACUUAAUCCAGUGGUGCUCACCCCCAAGUAAGUAUGCAUAGAAUUGCAGCCAUUUAAGAUAUGCAGAGAUAAGGUGAUAUUUCAAAGUACACACACUGCACUUGAUCCAAAGAUAGUCAUGCAUGACCAGAAGCUGGGCACGACUAGUAGUACGUGGGGGAACCCACAUGUUGAGGCCUCAGGCAGCACAGAAGGAUAGGCAGUCCCAUCCAUAUCAAAAGGCAGAUGGGAAUGUUCACCCUCAUCUACACUAGAAAGGGAUGCUGAAAAUGCAUGUCGCUGUCCCCCAAUUUGCACCCACAUGCACCCGUGGAGGUCAGCUUCCAUGCAGCGGCAUCCAGGACUAGGCCGUGCGUUGGGAAGGUGAUUCUUUUGAUUUGUCCAGUGCACACGUUUGCACAUGCAGAACAACUCUUCCACACUUGCCAGCUCUGUAGUGUGCCGGCAAGUAUAUUUGGGUGACUGUUUUGUUACCCCAAAGGAGGAAAUGGUUGUGGAACUAUUUUUUUAUUUUCAGCCAUAGACAAAUAUUGUAUAAGAUUAUUGAAAAGUAUUAUUUUUAUAUUACUUAGAGGUAUAUCAUUCAAUGAUAAGCAUACCUAUUUUUAACAUCAAUUUCAGAAGGAAACAAAUUGCUGCUACUUAACUAAUUUACCAAAAAAGAAUUGAAUAACUUUUUGUGUAAAUACGUUAUAUAUUUUAUUGUGAAGAGAAUAGCCAUGGGCCUGAGUCUGUAAAAAGUGACAUGUUGGAGUCUCACAUUCUGCAUGCACAGAAGGGUUUGCAGAGUAUCGGCCCCUCAAUUGCCAAUCAUGUUUUAAGCUAGUACUUACGUAAGAAAUGUAUGCAAUGUACAGACUGAUGAUACAAAUACCGUUUACUCUUCUUUUUAGAAACAAAGUAAUGAAGAAUUUUAAGCUAUUUAUACAUGUUGGUCUAAAGAUUGCAGUGUUUGCAUAUUAUCUGAUUAAGUUUACAGUUUUAGUAUGGUGUUUUUAUACAAAGCAUCUAUUUUAAUUCUUAGGGCACAACCAGCAGGAAGGUCUCCUGUACAAGUCUUAUUAAAAUGAAUGGGAGUUUCAUUUAAGUGCACCCCCACUCCCAUUCAUUUCAGUGAGGUCUAUGCAGGCAUUGAUUACACCAGAAAACAAUGUUGAUGUGGCAGCGGGCAGGAGGCACAGAAUGGGCAAACCGAAUUUCAGAGGGAUGCGCUUUUGUUCCACAAGCUAGAUUUCAAAAAGACAAAUAAUAUUAUAUGUUCCACACUAAGGCUUCCAUCCUAAUCAUAAGCAGAAGUGAGCCCAUGGGGAACUGCUCUUUGUAUAACGAUUGUUUGUUUUAAAGCACUCUCAGUAUGUGAAAAGUGCCUUUCCUUCAAGUAUCUCUCCAACAGUGGGCGGGGCGGCAGGGAGGGGGGGAGAGACAUGCCUCUGGUGCCGCUUACAUAUACAGGGAGCCUUCUUGUUGGGUUGCACCCUUUCUGUUUUUGUGCACCUGAACUUUAUCUACAUGAAGUAUUUUGUAUCAGUAUUAUGACAGCCAGCUUUUGAAAUGUACACAGUUAGCAUGAUCUUUGCCAAAGCUGUACUUUUAAAAAGUGGCACUGAAAAUUAUUUUCAACAUCUACGUGUAUUAAGUGUUUUGUUUGAUUCUUAUAUGCCCCCUGUAAUGCAAUAUGAAAACUUCUAUUUUAAUAAAAAGAAUUUUUAUUUUC